AAGUAGUCGCAAAGUUCGUAAUCACUUCCUGCCGUCUGGCUCCUCCUUUCCGUGUCAGCCAUUUCUGAGAGCAGUUCACAGGAACAACUCAAGAUGCAGAACGACGCUGGUGAAUUCGUGGAUUUGUAUGUCCCACGCAAGUGCUCCGCAAGCAACAGAAUCAUCGGAGCCAAGGACCAUGCAUCUAUUCAGAUCAACGUUGCAGAGGUUGACAAGGUAACUGGCCGUUUCAAUGGCCAGUUCAAGACCUAUGCCAUCUGUGGAGCCAUCCGGAGAAUGGGUGAGGCAGACGACUCUCUGCUGAGGCUGGCAAAGAAUGACGGCAUUGUGUCAAAGACCUUCUGAAUCACAGGGAUGUUCUGCUUCCACUUUGUUGAAUAAAAUGUUGGAGAAAAAUA